AUGCCUCCUCCUACCAAGUAUGCCGUCGCAUUGUUUCCAGGGUUCCAAGCCCUGGAUGUGUUUGGGCCUUUGGACGUCCUAAAUUUCACGUCCAAGCGACAACCUCUCGAACUCUCGCUCCUACAUACGGAUCUCAAUCCUGUGUCUACGUUAGAAGAUGACUCGCCCGGCCGUAUCGGACAAAGUGUUGUCCCAACUCAUACUUAUGAUAAUGCGCCGGAAGAUAUUGAAGUUCUGCUCGUACCUGGCGGGAGAGGCUCACGAAAUCCAGAAAAUGUGAAAAGAGUUCGGGAAUUUGUCAAGGAGAGGUACCCUAAACUCAAGUUCCUUCUAACGGUCUGCACUGGCAGUGCCAUCGUAGCCCAGUCGGGUCUACUUGAUGGAAAGGAAGCAACUUCGAAUAAGAGAUCCUUUGACUGGGCUGAGACGCAAGGACCUAAUGUCAAGUGGGUGCGAAAGGCAAGAUGGGUCGUCGAUGGCAAUAUCUGGACAUCAUCUGGUAUCUCAGCUGGUAUUGACAUGAUCUACGCUUUCAUUGCAGAGCAGUAUGGACAGGAGAUCGCAGAUGACACUGCAGACGGCUCUGAGUAUGUCCGCAACACCGAUCCAAAAUCGGACCCCUUUGCCGUCUAG